UUAUGUUCUAUAAUGAAGUUGUACAGGUAGCCAGGUGUCGGUCUCCAGCCUGAGAACUCUGGCUCUUGUUCCUUCUGUCGUCCCAUAUUCCUGCCUGGCCUACGAUGGACAUCAGCAAGGGCCUCCCAGCCAUGCAGGGAGGCCUCCACAUAUGGAUCACUGAGAACCGGAAGAUGGUGCCGGUACCCGAGGGGGCUUACGGGAACUUUUUUGAGGAACACUGCUAUGUCAUCCUCCACGUCCCCCAGAGCCCGAAGGCCACGCAGGGGGCGUCCAGCGACCUGCACUACUGGGUCGGGAAGCAGGCGGGUGCGGAAGCGCAGGGCGCUGCGGAGGCGUUCCAGCAGCGCCUACAGGACGAGCUGGGGGACCAGACCGUGCUGCACCGCGAGGCGCAGGCCCACGAGUCCGACUGCUUCUGCAGCUACUUCCGCCCGGGAAUCAUCUACAGGAAGGGAGGCCUAGCGUCUGACCUCAAGCAUGUGGAGACCAACUUGUUCAACAUCCAGCGACUGCUGCACAUCAAAGGGAGGAAGCACGUGUCUGCCACUGAGGUGGAGCUCUCCUGGAACAGCUUUAAUAAGGGUGACAUCUUCCUGCUGGACCUAGGCAAGAUGAUCAUCCAGUGGAAUGGGCCCAAGACCAGCAUUUCUGAGAAGGCUCGGGGGCUGGCCUUGACCUACAGCCUCCGGGACAGGGAACGUGGUGGUCGUGCACAGAUCGGUGUGGUGGAUGAUGAGGCCAAAGCCCCGGACCUCAUGCAGAUCAUGGAGGCUGUGCUGGGCCGCAGGGUGGGCAGCCUGCGUGCCGCCACGCCCAGCAAGGAUAUCAACCAGCUGCAGAAGGCCAAUGUUCGCCUGUACCAUGUCUAUGAGAAGGGCAAAGACCUGGUGGUCCUGGAGUUGGCGAUUCCCCCACUGACCCAGGACCUGCUGCAGGAGGAGGACUUCUACAUCCUGGACCAGGGUGGCUUCAAGAUCUUUGUGUGGCAGGGACGCAUGUCUAGCCUCCAGGAGAGAAAGGCUGCCUUCAGCCGGGCCGUGGGCUUCAUCCAGGCGAAGGGCUACCCGACCUACACCAACGUGGAGGUGGUGAACGACGGCGCCGAAUCGGCCGCGUUCAAGCAGCUCUUCCGGACUUGGUCUGAGAAGCGGAGCAGGAACCAGAAGCUCGGCGGGAGGGAUAAAUCGAUUCAUGUAAAGCUGGACGUGGGCAAGCUGCACACCCAGCCUGAGUUAGCGGCCCAGCUCAGGAUGGUGGACGACGGCUCUGGGAAGGUGGAGGUGUGGUGCAUCCAGGACUUACACAGGCAGCCCGUGGACCCCAAGCGUCAUGGACAGCUGUGUGCAGGCAACUGCUACCUUGUGCUCUACACAUACCAGAGGCUGGGCCGUGUCCAGUACAUCCUGUACCUAUGGCAGGGCCACCAGGCCACUGCAGAUGAGAUUGAGGCCCUGAACGGCAACGCUGAGGAGCUAGAUGUCAUGUAUGGUGGCUCCCUAGUACAGGAGCACGUGACCAUGGGCAGCGAGCCCCCCCACUUCCUCGCCAUCUUCCAGGGCCAGCUGGUGAUCUUCCAGGAGAGAGCUGGGCACCAUGGAAAGGGGCAGUCAGCAUCCACCACAAGGCUUUUCCAAGUUCAAGGCACCAACAGCCACAACACCAGGACCAUGGAGGUGCCAGCCCGUGCCUCAUCCCUCAACUCCAGUGACAUCUUCUUGCUGGUCACAGCCAGCGUCUGCUACCUCUGGUUUGGGAAGGGCUGUAAUGGUGAUCAGCGUGAGAUGGCACGGGUGGUGGUCACCGUCAUUUCCAGGAAGAACGAGGAAACAGUGCUGGAGGGUCAGGAGCCUCCCCACUUCUGGGAGGCCCUGGGAGGCUGGGCCCCCUACCCCAGCAACAAAAGGCUCCCUGAGGAGGUCCCCAGCUUCCAGCCACGACUGUUUGAGUGCUCCAGCCAGAUGGGCUGCCUGGUCCUUGCAGAAGUGGUGUUCUUCAGCCAGGAGGACCUGGACAAGUAUGACAUCAUGUUACUGGACACCUGGCAGGAGAUCUUCCUGUGGCUUGGGGAAGCUGCAAGUGAGUGGAAGGAGGCGGUGGCCUGGGGCCAGGAGUACCUGAAGACCCACCCAGCAGGGAGGAGCCUGGCCACACCCAUUGUGCUGGUCAAGCAGGGCCACGAGCCUCCCACCUUCACUGGAUGGUUCUUCACUUGGGACGCCUACAAGUGGACUAGCCACCCGUCCCACGAAGAAGUGGUGGAUGGCAUCCUGGCAGCAGCAUCAACCAUCUCUGAGAUAACAGCAGAAGUCAACAACUUCUGGCUAUCCAGAUGGCCAGGCAAUGGCAGGGCAGGUGCCGUGGCCCUGCAGGCCCUCAAGGGCUCCCAGGACAGCUCAGAGAAUAAGCUGAUGCGGAGCCCCAAGUCGGGUGGCAGCAGAACCAGCAGCUCCAUCAGCAGCACCAGCGCCACGAUCAACGGGGGCCUGCGCCGGGAACAACUGAUGCACCAGGCCGUUGAGGACCUGCCAGAGGGCGUGGACCCUGCCCGCAGGGAGUUCUAUCUCUCAGACUCUGACUUCCAAGAUAUCUUUGGGAAAUCCAAGGAGGAAUUCUACAGCAUGGCCACGUGGAGGCAGCGGCAGGAGAAAAAGCAGCUGGGCUUCUUCUGAACCCAAGCCCUCUCGACUGCCCCUAUUCCCCCGACCCCAACAUACCUACAGUGCUGGGGAGGCCCUGCUUCCACUCCCCUCAGAGCCUUCUGGUCAUCCUCUGCUUGUCAGUAAAAGCAGGCAGCCCAUA